AUUUUUUAGAUUCCUAAUUUAAAUUUCUUUUUAACACAAAAAUUAUGUCAACUCCUGGUAUCAUAAACGUAGGGCAAUGGAUCGAAGAAAACAAGAAUUCUUUCGAUCCUCCUGUUUGCAACAAAAUGAUGCACAAUGGACAAUUGAAAGUGAUGUUUGUUGGAGGACCAAACGAGAGGAAAGAUUAUCACCAUGAAGAGGGAGAGGAGCUUUUCUACAUGGUAAAAGGUGAUAUGUGUCUGAAGAUACUUGAGAAAGGAAAACAUAAAGAUGUUGUAAUAAAAGAGGGAGAGGUAUUUCUCCUACCAGCCCGUAUUCCGCACUCACCACAAAGAAAAGAGAACACAGUUGGUUUAGUUAUUGAGAGAGACAGACUAGAUAAUGAGACUGACGGCCUUCGAUAUUACACUGGCGAUACAACGCAGGUUUUAUUCGAAAGAUGGUUUCAUUGUUAUGACUUAGGAUCGGAACUUGUGCCUAUAAUAAAAGAAUAUUUUGCAUCUGAAGAACAUAAAACUGGAAAACCUAAUCCAGACAAAUUAAUGAAAGAAUUGCCGUUUGAAAUCGAUGAAAAGACGGAAGUUAUGAAGCCAAUGUCCUUUGAUGAUUGGAUAAAACGAAAUAACAAAAAUGGAGAUUCUGUUCCUUUGUUCGGUGGAAAAUAUCAAUUUGAUAUCAAGAUUUACUUCGAAGGAGAAACAAAGAUGUGUGAGAUCAACACGGAAUAUUGGAUUUGGCAGAUUGAAGGUGAAUCUACAAUCACUGGUGAAAAUCAAUCUUACAACUUGAAGAAAGGAGAUUCUGUUCUGUUGGAGUCGAGGACCGGGUUUAUUUGGAAACGAGAAGCCAACAGUUCCGCAAUGUGUGUGAUCCAAGAUGGAAGUAAGAAGUGAACAAAUUUACGUUACCAUUCCAUUGAGGAUUCAAAAAUAAAGAUAGCUGCUGCAAUUGCAAUUUAUUUCUUUUGAUUUUCAAGAAAAUUUUCUUCAAGUUUCUUCCGCGCAUAUCUUCAAUCAUUCUUCUGUAAUGUGACUGUGUGAUUCCAGAUUAAAUUGGACAAUAUAUAUUUCGCCAUCGUCACUAAUGAAUUCGGACCCAAAAGUAUCUGAUAACAGUAUGCAGUACCCAUCUCUUCAGCGUUAAGCUUCAUCAAAUUUUGUAUUCCUGGUUUUUAAGACGAACGCUUUCUCUCUUGUUUG